AUGUCAUCAUUUGAUAUUGGUAAGAUUGUUUCGUCAUUACUGUCGACAAAAAUUAAAGAGAGAAAUGAUGCGUUAAACUCAUUAGAAACCGUUACCCUAUCCAAGUUUAGAUUAAAUCUGAAACAAUUUCGGCUACUAUCCCUGGCAGUAUUGAAAUUGAUAGAGCACGAAUCUCGAAUUUAUAUGAACAACAAAUCAACUACAGUCGAUUCAAGAUUAAGUCAAGCCUCAUACUAUUUACGAUUACUUACAGAAAAAUCAAUUGAAGAUACAAGGGUCAACCUUAAACAUAAAACCUAUCUUGAUUUGGUGCUAGGUAUAAAAGAUCAAUACUAUAUUGGAGAUGACGAGAUUCUACCGCCAUGUUCUAUAGAUUUUAUUAAAACUAUAUCAUCUAUACUAAAUUUGGAGUAUGUCAAGGAACAUUUAAAUACGAAAGAUUGGUGUCUAAUUUUCAAUUUUUUGGUAAAACUAAUAAAUACGAUAUUGGAUAACUCAGACGCGUCAAUUACCAUUAGUGGGUCAAAUGAAAAGUUAUUAACUGAUCUGUACACUGCAUUACAGAAUUUAUUACAAUGUGAGAAUAAUAUGUCAGUGAAUUACUUGCAUAUGUAUGACAAUGAUAAUUAUUUUAAGUUGUUGAGAAUUAUUGACAGAACAUCUGAAUUGAUUAAAAAGGAAAGCGUCAUAGUUAUUAUUGUCUUUAGAAUAAUCAACAAGAUGAUUAUCACUACAUGUACGGAGAACUUUAAAUUUGUGAAUAAGUUGAUCAAGAUUGGAAUUAGAUUGAUGGUGUUGUUCUAA